AUGCCGCGUCUGCCACCAGAAAACGCUCGGUGCAAUUUGAGACUAUCGCAUGAUACAGACGCUUUGAUUGGGCAUUGGUACUCUGAUGUGAAAAUAGAUCGAUUGCGAGUACUUGGUUUGGGCUUCCAAUCUCUCCUCACUCUAGAGCGGUUGCCAGUGACAAUAGGAGAAAUUCGGCAGACUGUGCUUAUGACUCGCAGACAGGUGGAAGUUGCAGCAAAGCUUCGCCCUAACUGUCAAAAAUCAGCAUGCCGAGUGCUUGACCGCGAACGGUACGAGUCUGCGAAGCUGCUGGUUGAGGGAUGUUUUCAAAUGUUGCAGCAUGUUCCUGGCCCUGUAUUACCAUACCACACGCGAGCACUCGAGGCUGUAGUGACUCCGUCGAAACUGUCCAAGUAUGUGCCAUAG